CAAUGUGAAUGAGACAGGUCCAAGACAAGGUCAUGAAUGUGUGUUAAUUGGUCCAUCUUCUCUCUCCCUGGAUAAUGUGGAUAUGGUCAUAAAAAUGAAUAUGACAGGACCACAUAAGCCAGGAGCCAUCAGGAUUACCAUAGUCUGCUCUGACUUAGCCAUCCCCAGUUAUUCUAUAACAAGGGAAUUCACGCUAUAUGUACUUGAGUCAGAAAACACUCCUAGAGGAAUACUUUUUAAUGGAAAUGGAUUUGUGAAAGAAAAUAUUGAAGGUGCAUUCUUGGGAAAUGUUAGCAUCGUUGACCUUGUUUCGGGCAUGGUGCUUAAACAGGAUUAUAGGUUUAGCAUAACCGAUGACACCUUGCCAUUUACAAUGGACGAACAUACCUUGAAAACUAAAGAAGGAUUAGACUAUGAACAAGAGCGAAUUUGGUUUAUCGUUAUACAAACCACUUUGCUUAAUGAUGAAGUUAUUCAGGAAGACGUUAUGAUCCAUGUACUGGACACUAACGAUGCAUCGACUGCAAUAGGACUCUAUCAUCCAGCGAUCAUUUACGAAAACAGUCCAGAUGGUACGUUUCUGAAUGAGAUGUUUACAGAAGAUCAGGACCUGGGACAAGAUCACGUGUAUACGAUUCUUCACAUUUAUGGGAAAGCAAAGAAUGGAACCAUCUAUCAAAUACAUAUUGAUACACUAAGUAUAGCUGACAAUACAUUGAACAUUGGAACAAAUAACAAGGAAAUCGACUUUGAAGCAUAUGAAUAUAUCACUGUCGAGGUCAAUACAACAGACGUUGGGCAUUUUGAUGGCACUGCUUACUCGUUUAUUGAAAAUAUUACCUUGGAUGUGAUUGAUGUGAACGAGGCGCCCAUUGAUAUAGCAACGAACAUCACAGAGGUUAACGAAAAUAUUACACUAGGUACGAUAAUUGGGGAACUGACAAUUGAAGAUCCGGAUAUCAAUGACGAUCAUACUUGUAAUAUUACGACUGCUUCCAAUUUUAAGAUCGUGGACAAGACUAUGAUACAAGUUUGGAGGGAACUCGACUUUGAAAUGUCACAAGUUGAAAUGUUUAUUGUGAUUUGUUUCGAUUUUGGAGGACUGUCAAUGGACAAAGUACUACAGAUUAAUGUAUUUGACAUCAACGAACCUCCGUUCAACAUAACACUGUCAAACAGUAACAUAGAUGAAAAUAACAUGCCAGGGCAAACUGUUGGUGAAUUGAAAGCAAUGGACUUUGAAAAUUCCAUGGUCAUGUUUAUGGUUGCAUCAGAGGGUCAUUUUGCAAUAGUUGGUGAUGGAACCCUUGUUGCUAAUGAGACACUUCAUCACAACAAAGCACCUGGGUACAACAUAAAUGUCACGGCAAUUGACCAUCUUGGACUAAGCACAUCAAAGAACUUUUACAUAAAGGUGAACGCUAUCGACCUACCUCCAAAAGGAAUUCUUCUAU